GAAGGUGGCAGACGCGCAGCGCUGCGCAUGCGCGGGCACCUCCUCCGGGGAAGGGUUGAGAACCGGACUGGGGUGGUCAGUUGGGCUCAGAGCGGAGCGGGGUCAGGAUGGACGAGGACGUGCUGACCACCCUGAAGAUCCUCAUCAUCGGCGAGAGUGGCGUGGGCAAGUCCAGCCUGCUCUUGAGGUUCACAGAUGAUACUUUUGAUCCAGAACUUGCAGCAACGAUAGGUGUUGACUUUAAGGUGAAAACAAUUUCAGUGGAUGGAAAUAAGGCUAAACUUGCAAUUUGGGAUACUGCUGGUCAAGAGAGGUUCAGAACAUUAACUCCCAGCUAUUAUAGAGGUGCACAAGGUGUUAUAUUAGUUUAUGAUGUCACAAGAAGAGAUACCUUUGUGAAAUUGGAUAAUUGGUUAAAUGAAUUGGAAACGUACUGCACGAGAAAUGACAUAGUAAACAUGCUAGUUGGAAAUAAAAUUGAUAAGGAAAAUCGUGAAGUCGAUAGAAACGAAGGCCUGAAAUUUGCACGAAAGCAUUCCAUGUUAUUUAUAGAGGCAAGUGCAAAAACCUGUGAUGGUGUACAGUGUGCCUUUGAGGAACUUGUUGAAAAGAUCAUUCAGACGCCUGGACUGUGGGAAAGUGAGAACCAGAAUAAAGGAGUCAAACUGACACACAGGGAAGAAGGCCCUGGAGGAGGAGCCUGUGGUGGUUACUGUUCUAUGUUAUAAACUCUGGGAAACUCCAUCUCUUGCAUAUUUGAUCAGAUAGUGACAUCUUUCUGUAUAUAAACUUUAACUGCUAUUUUAGGGACCUUGCAGUUUGCACAUAUUUGUUUUGUAUCAUGGCAGUAAAUAUUUGCAAGAAAUCCCACUCAUCGGCUUUCCCAGGUACAAUGUUAUGGUAAGCAUGCACAGUUUGCAGUCUACAGUUUUUUUAUGUAACAUAAAAUAGGUGUACUUUUUAAAGUACAUUUGAUUUUAUGAUUUACAUUUAUCAUGUGAUUAAAAAAAUCCACCUAUCUAGUCUAUGUUGAUACAAGGUCUACUUUUGGUCUCUUCUUUGCUUAAAUACUCCUCUAUCAAUUACUGAAUUAAUUGGUAUGUAGAACUCCCAGAACCACUGGGAGAUAUUCAGGUAUCAUCGAACCUGGCAAAUUUCCUUUCAGGAAUAACACAGAGCAUGAUUCCAUAGCUUUUGUAGGAUGUUUGCCGACAGAUUCUCUUUUAGUACUAAGCGAAAUUCUCUACAGGACGCAGUCCAGGCCAAUUUAUAAUUAAAUCUUUGUUUGUUCUGAUGAUGCUUCUAAAAUAGCAUUGAUGUGUUAAGAAGUUUGGUCUUGCUUUUAAAUUUUCUUUAAUGAGUAGCUCAGUUGCUUAACUGGAGUUUUAACUCUGUGAUAUGUACAUUGGAUUCUAACCCUUUGUGCAGCGUUUUUAGUUAUGUGGUGUUUGGCAGGAUGACAAUAAGGUUUUCCCCCAUUUUGGUUUUGGAAGGACGAGAAUAGUGUGUUUAUGUAACUCAUGUAGUACUUACCUUACCACUUUAAAAACCAACACCUUUUCCCAUAAAUGUUGGUGGUGUUUGUCCAGGUACCUCAAUUGUAGCUUGUGUCAUGUUUAUGAACAUCUGUAUCUUAUGACUUCCGUAAAUGGCUAAUUGAUAUUCAGAAACCUAUAUCUGUGUUUUGAGGGUUGGGAAAAAUAGAACACUAAAUGACAAUACGAGAGACAUACUGCUUCCAGAUUUUGAUGUGUGUGGGAAAAUACUGUUGCAAUGAAAAUCUUGGUAAUUUACUGUAACAAGUAGCCAAUAGUUUAUCAAAACCAACUUGUACAGACUAAUAAAUCUUUUCCACAGUA